AUGGCACCCCGGCCCCCGUAUGCCACAGAUAUCCCGGACGAAGAGUACGAUAGCCCGCAAGCACAGACCAGGCGACUCCGCCAGCCCAAACCCCAGGAUCCCAGCGCCAGAUCCUCGACCUACGAUGUAUACAACAACUACCUCGCCGCUGGCGACAACAACCCAAACAGCACCCCUAACCCGAACGACCGCAACUCCGGCGUCGGCGCACUCGGUCUCGGUCUCAUGACUGCUGACAUGUCGGACGACGACGACGAUUCCGACGACGAGCGUGACCCGCGCCCGAACGCGAAGCAGCAGCAGCAGCAAGGGGGGAGACAGGCCGCGCUUCUCGCUGCCACAUCAGAAAACAAUAAUAAUUCACGGUCCAUCAAUGCCAAGUCACCCCCGCCUAUCGCAGCGCCAAGACCAGGCUAUCCCGCCCCCAUAGCCGCUCUCAACCUCGCCAGACCCCCGCCUGCCGCGUCCCCACCCUCCCCCCAAGGCCGCCAGCCGAACCCCUUCGAUCCCCCCAUGCAGAACCCGUUUGACGACUCCAACUCCCACAACCACAACCCGAUGAACAGAUCCCCCGUCUCACCAAACUUCAACUUCGAAUUCGCAGAUUCAGGUCCACGUCGUCAGCCCCCUGGGAUUCAGAUACCUAAUAAUGCGCGUAAUGUGCCGCCCCCGCCUGCGUCCCCACGCAUGCCGAACACCCCGCACCCGCUCCUCCCGCCUAUGACGCCCAUCACCCCCGCGUUUGUGCGCCCGACCCCAGGGCCCCCGACAGACCGCGAUGUCAAGUUCCACGCUGAAGCGAUCAUCAGGAGCGACCACGAAGGCUCGCUCCUCCCCAAGCGCGGCGAACGCGGCGACGACUUCUGGCGCCGCUUCAGUAUGAUCGCGAAGGUGGAGAACGAGAAACAGACCACUGAGAAGCAGAGUCUCUGGCUCCGCAAGACCCAAUCGGGCACGAACCGCCUCUCGCGGUGGGUCUACGUCCUUGGCAUCGUGCUGCUCAUCCUCAUCGCUGGCGGCAUCGCGCUUGGGGUGUACGCUUCGCGCAAGGACGACGACUCGACGCACGAGCCGCCGACGGUGUUCGGCGGGGCCGCGAACGAGGCGAGUAUCCCGGAUGUGGGAGAGAAGAAGGAGGGGAGUCCGACCGUGCGGAGCAGCUUCCAUGUUCAGCCGACGAGGACGCUGGAUAAUCGCGCGGGCGGGUAUGCGCCACAGGAGACUGGUGUGGUGGGCAGGGAUGUGCUAGGGAAUGUGUCGGGCGUUGUUGGGGGGAUUGGACGGAGGGUCGAGGAGAGGAUGGUGAAGACGCAUUUGAAGAGGAGGAAGCUCGCGCUUUGA